CGUGUACGCCCGGUCAGGCUGUCUUUUUAGCACUCAGGUCGGUGUUGCCACCACUGCGACAGUAUGUUCCGUGCUGUGUUCCGCCUGUCGGCCACCGGAGCCCGGAGUCUGGCUCGGUCGCGGCCCUGCUACUCAGCUCCGUUGGCCUCCAGAUGUUACUCUCAUGGAAAGGUGGAGACAGACGAGGAGUUUGAUGCCCGCUGGGUCACUUACUUCAGCAAGCCUGACAUCGAUGCCUGGGAACUGAAGAAAGGCAUGAACACCUUGAUCGGGUAUGACUUGGUACCUGAGGCCAAGAUCCUGGAUUCGGCACUAAGAGCAUGCCGAAGACUGAAUGACCUGGCCAGCGCCAUUCGCAUCCUAGAGGCCGUCAAGGACAAAGCAGGCCCCCACAAAGACAUCUAUCCUUACCUGAUUCAGGAGCUGACACCCACCCUGUCAGAACUCGGCAUCUCGACACCAGAAGAGCUGGGCAUUGACAAGUUAUAGACUGUUGAGGUCAUUUGCUGUGUAAAGAGAUGAGCUCUCCCGAUUCUUUCCUUUCAAAAAUGUCUAUAUUGUUAAUUGAAUCCAUGACGUCUUGUUAUGUGCAAAAUGGUGGACCUAAUAAAGAAAACCAAUAACGGAA